ACCCACCAUCGCCAGCACCGCGAUCUCUCCGUUAUGUCAUAAUAAUAAAAUCUUUGUGUUCAACGUCAGGUACUCCAUUUACCAUAAAAUGUUCAAAUAGUAAAUAGCAGUCGGAGGCCGGUGCUUGCGGAGUGAAACGCUUCUAGUGCGCGUCGAGUGACGGUGUGUUUUGAAAAAGGCGAAGAGGAUACAUCGCAUACAUCAUGUCAGACAGAGACCGUGAUUACAUCGGUUUCGCCACACUACCCGACCAGGUCCAUAGAAAAUCGGUAAAAAGGGGAUUCGACUUCACCCUCAUGGUGGUCGGUGAGUCUGGCUUGGGCAAGAGCACCCUGAUCAACAGCUUGUUCCUGGAGGACCUUUACAAGAACCGGAAGAUACCGGACGUCAGCGAACGCAUUCAGAAGACGACGGCCAUCGAGAAAAAGACCAUGGAGAUCGAGGAAAGAGGCGUAAAAUUAAGACUGACGGUGAUCGAUACUCCCGGAUUCGGAGAUGCUGUCAACUGCGAAGACAGUUGGAAGGUCUGCACAAACUACAUAGACGAACAGUUCAGGCAAUAUUUCACCGAUGAGAGUGGGUUGAACCGCAGGAAUAUACAAGACAAUAGGGUGCAUUGCUGUCUUUAUUUCGUGCCACCCUGGGGACAUAGCUUAAGACAAAUGGACCUCGAAUUGAUGAAAAGACUGCACCGUAAAGUAAACAUAGUCGUAGUCAUCGCCAAAGCAGACACCUUAACCUCCUCAGAAGUGGCCAAAUUGAAGAAAAACAUCCUGAACGAUAUCAGGGAUAACGGAAUUCAAAUGUACGAGUUUCCUGAAUGUGAUAGCGACGAGGACGAAGAGUUCAAACAGCAAGACCGAGAACUGAAAGCGAGCAUACCUUUCGCGGUGGUGGGCAGUAACGCCACCCUCGAGAUCGCCGGGAAAAAGAUCAGGGGUAGGCAGUACCCCUGGGGUGUCGUUGAUGUGGAGAAUCCGAAACACAGCGAUUUCAUAAAGUUAAGGACUAUGUUGAUUUCCACUCACAUGCAGGAUCUGAAGGACGUGACGGAGGACGUGCAUUACGAAAAUUUUAGGGCACAAUGCAUAUCACAGAUAUCCCAGCAUGCAAGGGAACGAGGUAAACUGAAAAGAGACUCGGCUCCUUAUGAAUCUGAUAUUACAGACACAGAUAGAUUGCUGAUACAAAAGGAUGAAGAGAUACGUCGAAUGCAAGAAAUGCUAAAGCAAAUGCAGGAGAAACUAAAGGUUGAUGCUCAAGACAGUAAUAAGAAACAUGAAAGUAUUAUUGAUGUGUAGAAGUUGUUGUUGGGUGUCUUUAGUACCAAAGAAUCUUAGUUAAUUUUUUUCAUAUUUAUAAUCAAUAUUUA